AUGAAGACUACCACUUCAAUGACAGACGUCGAGGAAGGCCCAAAUAGCCAACGCACCAAGAUCACCGGUGAUCAUGGAAAUGUUCAACUACGAGACCCCGUCACCAAUCAAUUGAUAUUAAUUCCCCCUCCAUCAGAGGACCCGAAAGAUCCUCUUAACUGGUCUAGAGGAUUUCGACUGUUCAUCGCAUUCAUCGCUAACACCGCUGUCUUCCUUGCUCAAUUGAUAUCCGCCGGUCCAAGUGUCAACAUCAUGAAUAUGGUCCAUGACCUCUUCAACGCAACGCCAACCCAUCCGAAGUAUCCCACUCUAGUAGCAAAAGUCUCAUACUUCUUCAGUGGUAUGGUAUUCUUGCAAAGCAUGUCGAAUCUGUUCUACAUGCCAGUGAUUAUCAAAUACGGCCGUCGUCCAGUGUACAUCGUCUCCUUGUUGGUCUUCGGUGCGUACUCGCUCUGGGCAGGACUAGCAAAGAGUUAUCCCAGUGAAUUGGCUGCACGGCUAACCCUGGGGUUUGCAGGGGGUUCUGCUGACUCUCUAGCUCCUCUCACAAUCACUGAUAUAUUCUUUCUUCAUGAACGGGGGUUCAUUAUGAGCUUGAAAAUAUUCAACGGCCCCUUCACCACAGAAUCCCUCUGGCAGCUAUUCUGGCGACCCAUCCGACUCCUCCUCCUCCCACCCGUUCUCUGGGGCACCCUCGCCCAAUCCGUCUGCAUCAGUGCCCUAGUCGCCGUCACCACAAGCUCCGAAACUGCCUUCUCCAAAACAUACCACUGGACCAUUUGGCAGUGCGGCCUCGCCUAUAUCGCCACCAUAAUCGGUGCUCUCCUUUCCAUCUUCGGCAGUGGAUGGUUAUCAGACACAACAGCAGAUUGGCUCACACGUCGCAAUCACGGCCUCCGAGAGCCGGAAAUGCGAUUACCUGCUUUAAUAUUGUGUUCAAUCCUCUGUCCCCUGGGCAUUGUGUUAUACGGCCUUGGAAUCGAACAUGGAUUACCCUGGAUAGUGCCUGUUCUGGGUCUAGCUCUUUGGGCAUUCGGGUUCCUGCUCUCUUUUUAUACGAAUCCGUGGAUUGAGUCUGCUGGUUAUAGUACUUCUUUUGGGAUCCAGGCUGGGAUUAUUGCUGCAGUGUUGAUUCUGUGGGUUCCUCUCUACAUUUGGGGUAAAAGGAUUCGAGCGUGGUAUAUGCAGCUUAGUCUUGCCCGGUAUGUUCAGUGGAAGUCUGAUCGCGAGGUGGGCGAGUAG